AUGAUCGGCUCAACCACAACCUGCAGCUCGUAUCCAACAUCGGUGGAGGGCUUCCCGCUCAACACCCUUCUCCUCCAGCCCCUUCCUCACCUUGACGUCGAGGUGAGCAUUCGAUUCGUCCAUCCUGAAACUCGAAAGCGGCGGAUCGUGAAGGCCGUGAUCCCUCUGCAGAGGGAGGUCUCCAUCAACGAAUCGAGCUUCGACUACAUCACCGCCCGCCAGCUCGUCCAUGCCCUCGACACCAACGGGGGCAUCGAUCUCCAACGAUGGCGCGUCGAGAUUCCCGACGGCAUCGAGCACGACUACGCAGAGGAGGUCGUUCCCGUUCCCUGCUGUGCUGGCCCUACCUCUUCCUCUUCAUCUUCGUCAUCUUCUUCAUCCUCACGCGACAUGAGGCCACGCUACGUGCCGCUCGAGAUGGACGCCAAGGGCGCCGACGCGACCGGUGGCGAAGGAUCCGACGCCACGGCCAGCGACGAGCGCCUGCCGCUGUCGAUCAUGUUCCUGCCUCGUGGCGGCGGUGCGCUCCUCUUCAUCGACAUACGACUGGUGGAGCGCGCGUCGUCAUUGGCCUCUUCCUCGUCAUCGGCCUCCUCGUCACUGUCGUCCUCCACCUCGUCGCUGUCGUCACAGUCCGCCGCCGCUCACGCGCUGAAGCUAGGGCGCGAGGGCCGGGCGUGGAUGUUCGGCCGCGACUGGAACCGCACGCCGCACCACCGACCGUUCCUCCUCAAGGACCUCUCCGUGGUCGACAUCAGCUGCGGCUCCUCCCACUUUCUCGCCCUCACCAAGGAAGGCCACGUGUUCUCAUGGGGCAGCGGCAGGUUCGGCAAGCUGGGCCACGGCUCCCUAGAGGACAUCAUGGCCCCGACGCUCGUGCAGAGCAUCUACCACCAUCACGUCACCAAGGUCGCCACCGGCCCACGACACUCGGUCGCGCUCACCGAUCGCGGAGAGAUACUGGUGUGGGGCCAGGCCGCGGUGUCGGACGAUUGCCAGGUGCAGGACUUGGCGUGCCCAACGCUGGUCAGGAUGAGCUCGCUGAACGGAAUCACGUUCAAGAACAUCAGCACGGCGUGCAACCACAUCGCCGCCGUCUCGAGUAAGCCGUACUAUUGGGCGUGGAGCUGUAAGGGCAGCCUGGUCGAACCAUUCGCCGCGAAGGUGAUCGGAGGCACCGAGGACAUGGUCGUCACAGAUCUGUGCUCCUCCAAAAACUUUGUCUCCAUGAUCACCGCGAAAGAGCUAUACACGCAAGUGCUGCAGGACAAGGCCGAGGAAGCACCGCAGUACGCCUGGACGCGCUACAAUCAGGUGCUGGGCAAUACGAAUCAAGAGGAGAAGCACCAAUACCGCGCACGUAAGCUCUACAAGGAAAGCGUCACGUCCAAGGUGCGGCAGAUCGCCUGCAACUCCAACAGCCUCGUGACUUUGCUGGAAACGGGCGAGAUCGUCAUCAUCGACGUAUUGGAGUCCAACGCGGUGACGCUGUCAUUCUUGAGCGACAAGAACAUCAUCCAAAUUGCCUGCGGGCAGAAUCACUUGAUCGCUCUCUCCGACACCGGAUUGGUCUACACCUGGGGCGUGGACAAUCACGGUGCCCUGGGACACGGCAAGGUGGUGCAGCAGAAGUCGCCGCUGGCCAUCAAGGCCCUCGACGAGGUGCUCGUGCAGAAGGUGGUCUGCAACAAAUGCUGCACCAUCGUGUUGGAAGACUUCUGGGCCACCCAACUCCUUCGAGUCAUGGCCGGCAUGAAGGGCGUCGGGACCGAGGACGUGAAGGCCAUUCGGUCCUAUGCCUAUCACAGCCCCAAGGAGCGGGUUAUGCCCUCCCUCCACAUGGCCUACCAGUGCCACCAGAGCCGCUACACGGGCGAAAAGACGGGCAUGCUGGGCUGGUUCUUCUGGUCGAGCGCUUACACACCCAAGCUGGGGAUAUCGGCGGUUUCGCUCGAGUUCAACAAUCGAGAGAGGCAGCCGGGCGUCUACGACGACAAGCUCACGAUCACCAACCAGUGCAAGCAGGAGCUGAAGCUCGCCAUCGCCAUCUGCCACCGCGAGAAGGAGAGGCGAUUCAACGUUGUGAUCGAUCCCGUCCCCGAAGUGCUGGCUCCCGGCAAGUCGCACGACUUGACGGUGCGCCUGCAGAUGAUGGAGCCCAUCACAGUCAAUGUCGUCAUCGAUCUCAUUGUCAACGACACUUGCCACCACUUUGUCCUGAUCAAGCUGGAGAAAGAGCACUUUGUGCGGCCGCUGGGCGACCUCUUGACCGCCAGUUCGGACAUGGUGGGCCUGAUGGCGGCCGCCGCCGGCGGCGUGUCGAUGUCGUCGUCUCUGGCCCUCCACGGCAGCUUCUCGUCGCUGGCCGGCCUCAAGAACUCCUACGUCGACAUCUUCGAAGACGACGGCCUCCUGGUCUUCGUGCUCCAGCCCACCGCCUCCUUCUCCCGCAAGAAGCCCGCGCACCUCCGCACCGGCUCCUCGUCGUCGUCGAUGUCGACGUCAUCAUCAUCGUCAGCUGCCGGCGGCGCGCAGACGUCGCCCAUUGCGAUGAGCUACGCCUCGUCGUCGUCGAUCCCCGUCGGCUUCGGCAUGAGCGGCGAGUCGCUGGUCACCGGUAGCAUGCCCGCGGCGGCGGCCGCGCGGCAGAACAAGAGCGGGUCGGGCAGUACGCUGCCCUCGGAGUCGCUGCCGGUCGAGCGUGUGACGAGGCUGGGCGAGGGCCAGCACAGCCCGACCCACGGCCUGCCGGCGAGCGAGGUGCUCACGAUCGACUUCAAGAACGACGAGAUCGAAUUCCACGAAGAGCUGGGGCGAGGGGCCAGCGGCGCCACCGUCUACGCCUGCUCCAUCAAGGGCAUGUUCUUUGCUGCGAAGAUCAUGGACAGCAGUACCUUCCCCAGCGAGGAGCAGACCCAGCGCAUGCUCUCCGAGAUCAGCAUAACGGCGCAGCUGCGACACGAGAACGUUGUGCGACUGCUGGCCUUCGAUUAUCGGGAAGACAAGAAGGAGAUCCGCAUGUUCACCCAAAUCUACCCCGAGACGCUCUGGCAGGUGAUCGCCAGCCGGGCCGCCACGGGCAAACCCUUCACGCCGAAGGAGGUGGUCGAUUUUGCAUUCCAGAUAGCGAGGGGCCUGCACUACCUCGGCAGGCAGGAUCCGCCCAUCAUCCACCGCGACCUCAAGGUGACCUUGCUCCCACCGCCACCCACCGCCACACCAAUAUAA